AAGGGUGAAGAGUAAUUGUAAGAUGCACCAAUGGCUACUUUUUCUACUGUAUAUAUUAGCUGCACCUUGAAAAUCUAGGGUUCUGGGUGUUCCCGCCAUGACGCACAAGUGGCAGAGGUGCUUCUUCUCCUCCAGCUCGAAACAAUGGCGGAUAAAGCAGAUAACUAAGUCCAACUUCUCUCGUAUACUCCCUCAGGUGAAGGAACGCAUUCAUGGUGCCGAUUUCAUCUGCGUCUCUUCUCAGAAGACGGGGACCUUCUCAGCUCCAUGGCGUCGCAUAUUGCCCAUUGAUACCCCUGAAACUGCUUACUGUAAAUCGAGGGAUGCGGCUGAGAGGUUUGAGUUGCUUCACUUCACUGUUUGCCCCAUCACUUUUCAGGGAACCAAGGUGAUUGCGUAUCCGUACAACUUUCAUUUGUUCCCACGUGACGAGUUAAAUAUAGGCAUGCCAUCCUACAGUUUUUCAUGCCAAACAUCCUAUUUGACUUCAAUGGCUCAAGAGGGUUUUGAUUUUAACACCUGCAUUUACAAUGGCAUAUCAUACUUAUCAAGAGUGCAGGAAUCUGCAUCAAAACAUCAAAAUGGGAAUUGUAUUCCGACCACAAUCCCUUUGACUUCUUCAAAACCAUCAUUUGCGGAUGCAAUCUUUUUGGAGGGAACUAAAUCACGGGUGAAGCAUUGGAGGGAUGCAUGCAAAGAUUCAAGUGGGUCAUCUGAUGGGGCUUUAAUGAAAUCGUUAAGGAAACAUAUUUUGGGAAGUGAGGUAUAUGGAACGAGACCAUGCAUAAAUAUAGACGUUUGCACUGACAAUCAGGUGCCGCUAGUUGCAAAGAUGUUGAACGAUGUAGCUGAUGACCUUGUACCAUUGAUAAUCCCACACAAGAAUGGUACAGCAAAAGGAAUUCGAGUAGUUUUGGCCAGUUCCCAGGAGGACAGAAACCUUCUCAUGGAGGAGAUUCAGACCCUUGAGGAAGAACAAAACAAACACUUCCGUGGCUUCCGAGAGGUCAUUGAUGCAAUGUCGGCUUCUUGUAAACCAAUCGUUGCGUACAAUUGUCUAACAGAGUCUGCUUUCAUUCACUCAAAGUUCCUUGCUCACCUGCCCUCAACCAUGGCUGAGUUCAUGUGCUCCUUACGUUUGGUUUUCCCUUGCAUUCUUGACGUGAACCAUUUAAUGAAGUCAGUCCGCCCUUUGAGGAAAGCAAACAAUUUACAUUCUGCUCUCUCAUACAUAAAAAGGCAGUUCUUUGCGCCUGUGGAAAUGGAAACUCCCUAUGAAGUUUCUGAAGAUAUCGAUGUGACCCAUGGCCAUGAUGUGUUGAGGAUUGCCUAUGUAUUUGCAAAACUAUGCUCUAUACUUAAGAUCUUCCCCUCCACUGGUCAAUUGCCCAUUGGCUAUCGUUCUAUGAUGGACUUUGAGAAUGCUUUCUAUCCUUGUUGUGUAAGCAUUCAAGAGCCAUUAGAUGCAGAGCCAACAAUACAAAUCGAUAAAAACAAGAGUAAACAAGUGAGCACUGAAGACUUGAUUUUCUUGUGGGGUUAUGAGAAUGGGAUAUCUCCUGAUAGACUCCGGAAGCUUCUAUGUGAUGUCCAUGAUGCUUUUCAUGGGGGCUUUCAGGUGCGAAUAAUUGAUGAUGGGUGUGCGGUUGUGGGGUUUGAAAAGUCAGGUUCAGCAGAGAGAUUCUUGAAAGAUGUGGAGUCAGGGGAGGUUGAGUCGGGUGCGUUAUUGGAUUUGAUUGUGGGAGGGCUUAGGGUUGCAGGGUACAAUGCCUAUGAGAGGGUUUGCAAGUUGGGUGUUUGGGAAGGUAAGUUGCCAAACUCAUUGGAGAGGGCCUUGUUGGGUGAGCCUGUUGCAUCUACAGCCAAGACUGGUAUGUCAGAGGAGCACAAGAGUGAAAGUAUGAUGCUUGAGCUUAGUGAUCUCUAAAUUAAUGGCUAUGCAUAUUCACAGGAUGGUGAUAGAGAUGCAGGUGUUGGCGUUACUGGAAGACUUAUUGGUUGCGGUCGUUCCUAAUACGGGAUUCAGGGAGGCACAUGAUUGUGUUGUAAAUUAAGGGAAUGAGGUUUUGGGGAGGUUGUCUUCUGUCCUGUGCCUUCCAUUGCAUCGAGAUUUUUGGCAAAAUAACACUAUUUCUUGUGCCAAUGUUGUAUUAUUGUUAUGUUUGGAAAUAUUAUGUAUUGGUAUUGCUAAAUGUGAAUUAUUGAAAAUAAAAAUUGGUUAUUUCUGA